ACUGCUGGCGACUUCUUCACACUGAAGGGUCCCUCCUCACUUCUAUAAAAGGAAACUCACUUUCAUUGCAUUGCAUGCAUCUAGACGCUAAUCUACAAAACGACACUGAUUCUCUCUCACUGAACUGAAGAAGAAAGAAAGACAACAAUGUCAACAGCCGUGCAACAAGUUCGUCCAGCUCCAUUAACUUCCACCUCUGAUCUGCUUCCACUUUUUGACGGAACCACCAGGUUGUACAUCAGUUAUAUUUGUCCCUUCGCACAACGUGCAUGGAUCACUAGGAACUAUAAGGGAUUACAAGAUGAGAUCAAAUUGGUUCCUUUGGACCUUUCAAACAGGCCUGCUUGGUAUAAGGAGAAAGUUUACCCUGAAAAUAAGGUGCCAUCAUUGGAGCACAAUGGGAAGGUCUUGGGGGAAAGCCUUGAUUUGAUCAAGUAUUUAGAUGCCAAUUUUGAAGGGCCAUCUCUAGUUCCCAGUGACCCUGAAAAGAAAGAGUUUGGUGAGCAGUUGAUUUCCCAUCUUGAUACAUUCACCAAAGACGUGUACUCUGCAUUCAAAGGAGAUCCUAUCCCGCAAGCUAGUCCUGCCUUUGAUUACUUGGAGAAGGCUCUUGGUAAAUUUGAUGAUGGCCCAUUCUUUCUUGGUCAAUUUAGUUGGGUGGAUGUUGCCUAUAUUCCAUUUGUUGAAAGAUUCCAGCUCGUAUUUUCUGAGGUGUUCAAACAUGAUAUAGUGGUAGGAAGGCCUAAAUUUGCAGCAUGGAUUGAGGAGGUGAACAAGAUUGAUGCUUAUACACAGACUAGAGCUGACCCUGCAGAAAACCUUGAUCUUUACAAGAAACGUUUUUUGGCUCAACAGUGAAAUUUCGGUUACAGUGGGCUCUCUCUCUCUCUCUAAGGUGUAGAUUGUGGGAAAUAAAGCAUCAUGUGUGUUUCUUGGGAUGCUUCAUUAGUCAAAUGUUUGAGUGUUUGUCUGUUAGAGUUGCAUAGUUUGAAUGUGACGUUAGUGAUGUUUAUUUGAUGUGAGACUCAUGAUGAUGUUUAUCAGUUUAUGUACCAGCUUGUGAUACUGAAUUGUAGUGAUUUAUAAAUAAUCUUGAAUCCUUGUUGCCA